GACACUGGUCGGGCGAGCACGAGCACGGCGACCUCGUCCAUCCGCUCCGCCACCCACCACCAAAGGCAUCAUCUUUUUCCUCUAGACCAGAAAGCAGUAGCUCCGCUUCUUCUUUCCCCCUAAUUCCACCCCUUCUUCCCCAACCCAGGCGUCCUCCUCUUUCCUUGGAUUGGAUCCCAUUCCUCCCUUCUGAUCGGAGGAGACCGCUGCUGGAGUGAACGUCUCGGACUGCCUCCCGCCCUCCCACACCUCCUUCGCCUUCUCACUUCCGGAGACCAACCGGCGGCGCGCGACCAGCUCUUAAGCUAAAAUGGCAGCCUUGCCAUUGGCUACCGCGGAGGUCUGCGACGCAAACUCGCACCUGAUCACCAACGGCGAGCUCCGCGCCCUCCAGCCCAUCUUCCAGAUCUACGGGAGGCGGCAGGUCUUCGCUGGCCCCAUCGUGACACUCAAGGUGUUUGAGGACAACGUCCUAGUGCGUGAGUUCCUGGAGGAGAAGGGCCAGGGCAGGGUGCUGGUGGUCGACGGCGGUGCCAGCCUGCGCUGCGCCAUCCUGGGUGGCAACCCCGUCCAGCAGGCGCAGAACAACGGUUGGGCGGGCAUCGUGGUGAACGGGUGCAUCCGGGACGUGGACGAGAUCAACGGGUGCGACAUUGGCGUGCGGGCCCUCAACUCGCACCCAAUGAAGGCAAACAAGAAGGGGAUGGGCGAGAAGCAUGUCCCAGUGACCAUUGCUGGCACCAGGAUCUGCGACGGCGAGUGGCUCUACGCUGACACCGACGGGAUCCUCGUCUCCAGGACUGAGCUGAUCGUGUAGUCGUCGAUGUUUAGAGUGUGUGUUUAUUCCCCUCUGGAUGGAUGUAUUGUCUUGAAAGUAAAAAAUAUGAUGAAAACCGGGCUCUGUGUAAAAAGAUAGUAGGAGGCAGACGAGGAGGGCUGCUGUUGCUGCGUGCUUCUGCCCCUCCAAACUGAAUAUGCUGCUAUAUCUGAAGCCUAAACAUUGUAAUAAGAUAGCUUGGCGAAUGGGAAUAAUAAUUGGUGCCUUACUUAAACAUAGAUUUCUAUCUCGCGCA